CUGGCUCGGCCUCUGUGGGCUGGGGCGGCUAGGGCCGGCGCUGUUUCUGGCGGCGGCGGCGGUGCGGAGCCCGCGCGGCCCCGGGCACCUUGCGCGGAUCUGGGUCUUGGCCCGUUGAGCCCUGCGGCCGGGGCGGGGCGUGAACGGGUUCGCCCGACUUGCUCUGCCUGGUCUCGGGGGCGCGGCCAGCGGACCCCGCUGGGGGGGCGGGCGCCUCAGGACGGUGUUCCGGUUUGGUUUUGUGCGUUCAGCCCGCGGACCCGCACGAAGCGGCGCGUCAUGGCCACAAGCAUCCGGACAGCUUCGUGUUGGGUACGUGGCGACUUCCACGCUGGACGAGGCCGACCAGGCACUGCCCGGGUCUCCGGAGAUGUUCAGGCGGCCAGGAUUGUGGCCUGUGUCUUUGCAGGGGCUGCUGUCAUUCAAGGACGUCUCCAUGGAGUUUGCCCAGGAAGAGUGGCAGCUCUUGGAUUCUGCGCAGAAGCACCUAUACAAGGAUGUGACCCUGGAAAACUACCACAACCUGCUGGCUGUGGGGUAUCGUGGGACCAAGCCUGAGUUAGUCUUCAAGCUGGAGCAAGGAGAGGAGCCAUGCACCCUGAGCUGUGCGGGUGAAGACUGGGGAGAAUGGCACCAGAAAAAUCCAGAUGAACUUGGGAGCAUUUCAAGCUAUACUUGUAAUGUAUUUGGAAGACUUCAUCUGAGCAAAACCUAUGCUUCUUCAAGACAAAGGUUGCGGAAAUAUAACAGACAUGGGAAAGGUUUGACACAAAACUCUGGUUCAAUCAGAAACUAUUUAAGAAAGCAUCCUGAUAAGUUUCAUGGAUAUGAAGAACCUUAUUUUCUAAAACAUCAAAGAGUUUAUAGUAUAGGAAAAAACUGUGUGUGUAGUGAAUGUGGGAAAGCUUUUCGCUGUAAAUCACAGCUUAUUGUGCAUCUCAGAAUUCAUACAGGAGAGAGACCAUAUGAAUGUGCUAAAUGCGAGCGGGCCUUCAGUGCCAAGUCUAACCUCAAUGCUCACCAGAGAGUUCACACAGGAGAAAAGCCUUACUCAUGUAGUGAGUGUGGGAAGGUCUUCUCUUUCAGGUCACAGCUCAUUGUCCAUCAGGAAGUUCACACAGGAGGGAAACCUUACGGUUGCAGUGAAUGUGGGAAAGCUUACAGCUGGAAAUCACAACUUAUUUUACACCAGAGAAGUCACACAGGAGUAAAACCAUAUGAAUGUAGCGAAUGUGGGAAAGCAUUUAGUUUGAAGUCACCAUUCGUGGUACACCAGAGGACUCAUUCUGGAGUAAAACCCCAUAAGUGCAAUGAAUGCGGCAAGGCCUUUCGGAGUAAAUCAUACCUCCUCGUUCAUAUCCGAAUGCACACAGGAGAGAAACCCUAUCAGUGCAGUGACUGUGGAAAAGCCUUCAAUAUGAAGACACAGCUUGUUGUACAUCAGGGAGUUCAUACAGGAAAUAACCCUUAUCAAUGUAGCGAAUGUGGGAAAGCCUUCGGCAGGAAGGAACAGCUCACUGCACACCUCAGGGCUCAUGCAGGAGAGAAACCCUAUGGGUGUAGUGAGUGUGGAAAGGCCUUCAGCAGCAAAUCUUACCUCGUCAUACACAGAAGAACACACACAGGAGAGAGACCUUAUGAAUGUAGUUUUUGUGAGAGAGCCUUUUGUGGAAAAUCUCAGCUCAUCAUACAUCAAAGAACUCAUUCAACAGAGAAGCCCUUUGAGUGCCCCGAGUGUGAGAAGGCCUAUCCCCGAAAGGCGUCACUUCAGAUACACCAGAAAACUCACUCAGGAGAGAAGCCUUUUAAAUGCAAUGAGUGUGGAAAGGCCUUUACUCAGAAGUCGUCUCUUAGUGAACAUCAGAGAGUUCAUACAGGAGAAAAGCCAUGGAAGUGUUCUGAAUGUGGGAAAUCCUUCUGUUGGAAUUCAGGGCUUCGUAUACAUCGUAAAACUCACAAGUGAGAAAUCCUGAUUACAAUCUCACAGAUGCUGGGUGAUCCUCAGGAGAUUUCUUUGUGAUGACAACAAACACGGUUCAUAAGAGACAGACCAGUCAUUUGUAGCGGGCACAUGAGCUCUCAGAAAAGUCAGACAAGUCUAUAGACAGAAAAUAUUGGAAUAACUGAGGACAGAACCUAUCAAAUAGUGUCAUUAUGAAGGUUCAAUUCAGUGACUUUAUUCUGGAAACUAUAUACAUAUCCUUUUACUAAGCCCAUAGCAAAAUAUGUUCUGCGGAGAGUCACAUUCCAGAUUUGAAACUGUUCCAGACUGAAAAAAAUAGCAGUUGUGAAUAGUAGACUUUUCAUGGAGUGUUGACAUUUCUGUCCACAUGUAAAUAAGUGUAAUGGAACACAUCCUGAGGGUUAUUUGGUAAUGACUUUCCUAAGGAACACUUAAUAGCAUUUUUUUAAAUUUGGCAUUUUAUUUUUAUUAUGACUUGCUAUAUAUUCAUUUUAUAGUUUGUGGAGUAACAUUCCCUGGUAUUCUCCAUGUUACAUAGCAUAUUGACCCUCUAUUUCCUAGCAAUAUUAGUGAAAUAACAUGGCUUUUAGUAAAUGAAAGCAUGUGGUUCUCAUUCUUUUCCUUGCUUACACUGGCAUUUAUUACAGACCUGCUCCUCAAGGGUCUGUGUAGCAGUUAUGGUCCUUGCUGAGAGGUGAGACUGCCUGCUCUCUGCUGGCUCCUGGCAUGUGUGUCCUGGGUCAUUUAGGGUGUUCUUUCCACAGACACAGGUGAGUAUCAUACCCACUCGGGGUGACAUUUUUUCAAGGCUCUUGAGCCUAUAACUCAGUCUCACAUUAAUUAAGGGAAGUGUGGUAACUCCCUGACACUUGCCUGGGAUUGUGCUGAGACCACCAGUUCCUGCUGUGGGUUCCUGAGAUGCUGUGCAUUGCUGCUUUGUGAGCCUGGUUUUCUGGCCUUCUAUGUGCUUCCUCUAUUUUUCUGCUAAAGUUAAGGAGAAGUUUCUAUUUCUUAUAACAAGAGGGAUUUAAUUGAUAAAUUGAUUCAAGAAGUGUGGAGGCAACAGAAAGUAGGGUCUGAGAGGUGAAGAACUUUUUCAUAUAGCAUCAUGGGAAUUUUUCAGUCCAUAGUACAAAACAGCUUUUGUUUACCUGAGCUUUGUGUCCCCUAAUAAGAUUCUGGGAAUGCUGACACAGUGUUGCCAUAACAAUUUUAAAUUUAUGAGGAACAUGACACAUAAAACAAAGCCGUUAACUUCUGAUCCUUUUGGCUUUGAGGACAGACUUGAAGCCCUGAAAUCUCAUUUCAAAGCAGAGUAUUAAACUUCCAGGCGAUCUUAACAAUGCAGAAAUAACUUACUUCUAGUAGGGUUGAGAUAGUGGGUCUCAAACAAUAUAUCCGACUUGUGAAUUUAAAAGUCAUCUACUGCACAUACUCAGUUAUCAGUUAUAUGAACACGCCUUGAAUUGGAAAAAGCUGUUGCUUUGUAAUUCAAACAAGGCUGUCUGAGACAACAAUAAACCUAGCAAGUUUAGAAGGACUUUGCCUGUUGUAGUCUUCACUCUGCAUAUCAGCCAACUAUAGACCACCACCCAGGGCAGCCUGUGGCCUAUAUUUAUAAAUCUUAUAAGCUAAGUUUUUACAUUUUUAAGCAGUU